GAGGAAGCGCUGGCCGGCAAAGCGCUGGCCGGCAAAGUCUGGAGGCUCCUGACGGCUGACCAUGGCUGCCGAGGGUCCGGUAGCGGGGUCUAAGUCCCUCUCCCCCUCCAUGUCCUCCUUGCCCCUGGCGGCGCUCAACAUGCGAGUGCGGCGCCGCCUAUCGCUGUUUCUGAAUGUUCGGACGCAGGUGGCGGCAGACUGGACGGCUCUGGCCGAGGAGAUGGGCUUUGAGUACCUGGAGAUCCGGCAGCUGGAGUCGCAACGUGACCCCACUGGCUGCUUGCUGGAAGCCUGGCAGGGACGCCCCGGCGCCUCGGUGGGUCGCCUGCUGGAACUCCUCGCCAAGAUGGGCCGUGAGGACGUGUUGGUCGAAUUGGUGCCCAGUAUAGAGGAGGAUUGCCAAAAGUAUAUUCUGAAGCAGCAACAGGAGGAGUCUGAGAAGCCCUUACAGGUGGCUGCAGUGGACAGCAGUAUCCCGCAGACCCCAGAGCUGUUGGGCAUCACUACCCUAGAUGAUCCCCAAGGGCAAAUGCCUGAGCGUUUUGAUGCCUUCAUCUGCUACUGCCCCAAUGAUAUCCAGUUUGUACAAGAGAUGAUCCGGCAGCUGGAACAGACAGACUAUCGGCUGAAGCUGUGUGUGUCCGACCGUGAUGUCCUGCCUGGCACCUGUGUCUGGUCCAUUGCCAGUGAGCUCAUUGAGAAAAGGUGCCGCCGCAUGGUGGUGGUGGUCACCGAUGAUUACCUGCAAAGCAAGGAAUGUGACUUCCAGACCAAGUUCGCACUCAGCCUUUCUCCAGGUGCCCAUCAGAAGCGACUGAUCCCCAUCAAGUACAAGCCAAUGAAGAAAGAGUUCCCUAGCAUCCUGCGGUUCAUCACUGUCUGUGACUACACCAACCCCUGCACCAAGUCCUGGUUCUGGACUCGCCUCGCCAAGGCCCUGUCCCUGCCCUGAAGAUUGCCUUGAGGCCGGGUGUGCACUCCUGGAGUUGUAAGGGGGUCCUGCUUGUUCCUCAAUUCUCAGAAGUGCCAGCUGCACAGACAUCUGUAGCCACUGAACAUUUUUAGGCACCACAUCGCAUGUGUUGCAUGGACUCAAUGGCUGCACAUGGCACUUCCACUUGCUGAGCUAUCAGCCAGACAGCAAAAACCAGGGCCAACUGGCACUAACAGCUGGACAUCUGACGGUGCAGUUUCACUACAUGAGGACUGUGUAGGAUAAGAACAGGCAGUAGCUGUGUUUGAAUCACUGUAGGAAAAGGUGAAGGGGAGUCUCCAGGGGGAGACAGAUCUUGGCUGACAGAGCUGGCUUCCUCGGCCACGUGCUGGCCACUGCUGAGUCCCUGGAACCGCCAGGCAGCUGCUUCCACAUGGUUCCUAAAUGUGCUUUAGGACGUUGCUGCCCAGCUGACUCCUCCUGUCAUUUGCCCAGCACAAGGAGAUCCCACCUUGAGCCUCCAGCUCUUUGCCUGUGCUCACCCCUGUUGUGACAAGUCCCCAGAGAUAGGCCCGAGUGGCUGGGGUGCUUUUCAGUUUCAUCAGUUGAGAGGCCUGUAGUCAUGCGCUCACCCCUGCCUGGUACAAGAUGGGAACCCACCCUCUGGCAUCUCCAUCAAGGGUGGGUUCUAGGGUGGUGUAAGCAGGAAACCUUUCUCCCUGGCCACCACAGAGAGCUCUCCCACAAUCUUCUGCACCUUAAUUGCCUUUACAAAGUUGUUUGCUGGGACCAUUUUACAAACAGUGAUUACCCAAGAGCCUCCCACCCCAAAGUUGUACAGACUUACACAGAGAUCCAUCCAUCCAUGUGCGUGCCCCCCUCACACACACAGGCACUUUCACGCACCUGUUCUGCUACAGCUCUCAGGAACAGAAUGUAUCACCACUGAGAAGGGCCCAACCCAGGACUAAAAGGGGCAUGCUCAUAUUCUGUUCUCUUUUCCCUCUUCAUUGAAACCAGAGUCUGAAGAGGACUCAACGCGGCACCUAUGGCAGCAGUUACGCUUCCCUUCUGCAUUGGGAAGGAGCUGCUCGAGCUCACAGCAAGUUAGCUGCAGGCACAGCUGUCUUUCCUUCCCAGGGGUUUAUACAUUACUCUCAAGUGCUCCUUCAGGAAAAAAUGUCAUGGUCUCGGGUGUCUUGUGUCCCAGGGCAGAACUCACGACCCUAAAUCUAACAGAAGAUGUUUUCUCAGCUCUGCCUCCAGCUUUUCUUUAGGCACCUUCCCUCAGGGUCUCAGAAGGGGCCCUCUCAGCAUCAUUAGCUGCCAGCACCCACUCUGAUACUGGAAAGUAUCAAGAUUAAGUAUCUUUCACACCUGUUUUGUAUGUUACAAAAAUUUCAGAGAGCUAAGAAGUGCCUGUUUGUCAUUUAUCCUUCUGUAUCUUGGUUACUAAUAAAGAGUUCGCUA